CAAGCCCCAAUUGUGGCGCCCCCUCAGUAUUGGGGAAAAAAAGAAAAAAGUAUUGAAGUAAUAUGUUCGAUCCUACCCCUUGUUCAAUCCAUAUAAAAAGAUGGGCACAAGUUAAAGAAAUCCCCACCAGACCUUUGAAACACCAUAAAGAUACUAUUCUGUCAACUGUCAACGACUGCCACAGAGGUACAUGAACAUUCCAGCACACAUAAAUAUAUCCCAAAUCAAGAAAUCUCACAACAAUUUCUUCCUCCUCCAUCCAAUUGCAUCAUUUUUAUUAUUUUGGUGUUAGAUUUGCAUGAUUGAAUCCGGAUAAAUAAGAUGUUUGACGCAGGGGAAUUUUCUCCAUGUUCUUCAGCAGCUGCUCUAUCAGCAGAGUGUUUCAGCAGUAGCAGCAGUCUAUCAUCCUCGAAGAAGAAGAAGAAGACUAACAGUAACAACGCGAGGAGGUUCAGCGAUGAACAGAUUAAAUCAUUAGAAACCAUGUUCGAAACGGAGACCAAACUUGAGCCAAGAAAGAAGCUGCAAUUAGCCAGAGAGCUCGGAUUGCAACCUCGACAAGUUGCAAUUUGGUUUCAGAACAAGAGAGCUCGAUGGAAAUCGAAGCAACUCGAAAGGGAUUACAGUAUACUUAAAUCCAAUUAUGAUAAUCUUGCUUCCCAGUACGAAUCUUUAAAGAAAGAAAAACAAUCCUUGCUUAUUCAGUUGCAAAAGCUGAAUGAUGUGAUGCAGAAAGAAGGGGAAAAGUACUGUUGCAGGCAAGAAAUCGAUUCGAUUGGUUUCAAGUCAGAUAACAGAUGCGAUGCUAUUAAGAAAAAUGAAAUGGAUGAGAGGCCAAGCUUGUCUUUUGACUUAUCAUCGCAGCAUGGAGCAAAUGGUGUAAUUUCAGAUGAUGACAGCAGUAUAAAAGCUGAUUAUCUUGGGUUAGAUGAAGAUACAGAACAUCAUCUACUGAAAAUGGUUGAAGCUGGGGAUAGUUCUAUAACUUCUCCUGAAAAUUGGGGAAGCUUAGAUGAAGAUGGCCUCUUAGACCAUCAGCCUAAUAGUACUAGUUAUGAUCAGUGGUGGGAUUUCUGGUCUUGAAUCAGAAUUGUCGACAAAAUAUAUCCAUCUAAAACGUUGGCUUUAAAAGGGGGAUAAAUAAAAAUGUGAUCAGAUGCCGACGUCUCUUGUACAUUUGAUCGACAAAGCUGGCACCCUUUCGUUUCACUUCCAUAAGCGGCUGCUAUAUAUAGUUGAGUUUACCUCAGCAACGGCCUUACGGUGCCCUUGUCUACUGGACAACUGUAAUCUUGUACUAGUAUUAGUCGAUGGUGCUUUUAGUUUGUUUGCUCUGAAAUAUGCCACUAGUAAUACGUAAUAGUAAUAGUUAUCAGACCAGAAUAGCUGAGAAGUAUAAUCUCCAACAGCUCGUAAUCAAAGAUAAUGCUUUAAAAGUAAAGAAAGUGACAAAACAGAAAAAGACUUGCUAUUAUAGGUUUGAUGUUAUUGCAGUGAGUUUAAGUUGUACGCAUGAUAUUAUCUAACUUGCUAUUAUAAGUUAAACUAUAGUGACAGUGAA